UUUCCAGAUUUAUGGAUAACUUUGACUACACUCCGACACAGAGGCACGGUGGUAGGGGUCGAAAUAGAAGGAGAACCAAAAGUAUUCGUCGACAACUCACAUUACGAUAGCAUGCCGAUGUGUGGUAUAGAAGUGCGUUUACCUGUUGGAUUAAAACCGUAUCCAUCUCAAAAGCUCAUGAUGGUGCGCAUGAUAUCAUCAAUCGCGAAGAGGCUCAACUUCUUAGCUGAAAGCCCUACAGGAAGUGGAAAAACAUUGGCGCUCCUGGCAGCAAGUUGUGCUUGGCUGGACAACUACAAAAAGAAGAGGCACGAGUUGAGAAUAUCGUGUCCGAUACACAGUGGAUGCAGUAGUGAAACGAACGACUCGAGUUUGUACAUUUUUUGCUACUACUUUUGUUUCAGAAGAACUCGUAUAUACUAUGGUACGAGGACACAUAAGCAGAUUGGACAGGUUGUCAAGGAGUUUGCCCGCCUCCCAUAUGGGAACAUUUUAUGUCACACGAUAUUAGCAAGUCGAGAGCAGUCGUGCAUCAAUCAGGCCGCUCGCAAUUCGGCAGAUGUAUCCGGCUACUGUAAGGAGCUCAUUUCUACAGGCGGUUUGGGAUGCCGGUUCAAGGACGCUAUGAAGUUGCGUUAUGAGAAUGCCAGAGUUCUACGAAACGUCCUAGAUCAAAUGAACAGCGUGGUAAUAUUGGACGAAGCACACAAUAUUGAGGAUAACUGCCNCUGCCCUUAUUUUUCAUCUACACGAGUACUUACUCAAGACGCGGACAUAAUAUUUUGCCCUUUUAGUUAUCUUGUAGAUCCCGUGAUACGUAAUUCCUCCGAUGUGCAUCUGAAGAACAGCGUGGUAAUAUUGGACGAAGCACACAAUAUUGAGGAUAACUGCCGGGAGGCUGCGAGCUUCACGUUCUAUGAGAAAGAAGUCAGUGAUGCUCUGGCAAAUGUGAAGGAAAAGGAGAUUUUUAAACGACUUCGCAUCCAUUUGUUUCAGUUAGCAUUAUUCAUGGAUGACUUAUACAAAUGGUUUCGUGAUUCUGCUUCAAAAUUGUUGGAAAAACGUGCCUACGGCAGUCUUUGCUCAAAUAAGGAAGGCGAAGAGAAUCGUCCGAUAGAAAUGAAACUCAGCUCCACAGCUAUAGUUUGUGUCGAGAAGUGGUUGUAUUUCGUCGGCUAUUUCAAAGACGAGGAUAAGAGAAGCAUGUAUAACAGCGAGCACGUGAAUAGUGUCAACAAUCCUAGGAGGGAUGGUCAAGGUGGCACGAGAAAUGUCAACUACAGCCAGAUCGACGGUGCUGACGUAUGGCUCUCAUCCACGCAGGGUCCUUCGGGCCAUGACCCAGUUUUAGCUGGAUACAAAACGUCUAUAAAUUUGUGGUGCAUGAGUCCGGAGUUGGCUUUUACAAGUGCGUUUUCCGAUUGUCGUUCGGUCAUUCUCGCUUCUGGCACUUUAUGUCCGACUGAAACACUCAAAACAGAAUUGGGUCUGAAGUUCCAUGCGCAGAUGGAAGGAGAUCAAGUUAUUCCCGCUGAGCAAAUUUUCGCCUCUGUCCUCUCCGUGGGCGUAAACGGUCACAAGCUGUGUGCAACUUACCAAAACGUAAAAGACGUCAACAGCAGGUUUAUUAGUGAAUUGGCAUCAACAGUUUGUCGUAUCUCAACUGCGGUGCCAAAAGGGGUUCUCUGCUUCCUGCCUAGCUAUCGUGUAUUGAAUCUGCUUUUUGAACACAUGGAAGUUACAUCGGCACUUCGGCAGCUACAAAAUCGAAAAGUGGUAGUGAAGGAGCCUCGUCGUUCUUCAGACUUGCCCAGCGUUAUGGAAUUGUAUGAAGACGCAGUGAGAAACCCUGGCAAUCAUGGCCGACACAUAGAUGGUGCACUAAUGUUGGCCGUUUUUCGCGGAAAGGUGUCUGAAGGAAUAGAUUUCACUGAUGAUCUCGCACGGGUUGUCAUUUCUGUCGGAAUUCCUUUUCCUAAUGCAAUGGAUGACAUGGUUAAGGAGAAAAAGGCAUACAAUGAUAACUUUUGUAAAACAAAAUCUCUUCUAACGGGUGAUCAGUGGUAUGUAUCACAAGCUUAUCGUGCGCUUAACCAAGCCCUUGGCAGAUGCCUGCGACAUAGAAAUGACUGGGGUGCUCUCGUUCUCAUAGACGAACGUUUGAUGGAACAGUGUAAUGAAGACGAAUUCUCUCUCUAUUCAGCAACGAUCUCAUCAGCUCGACUUUCGAAGUGGAUUCGAAAGCAAUUGGUCGUUUACACUGACUACACUGAUUUUGACAGAUCUCUUUCCGAAUUUGUACGUCGAAUGCAGCUCAAAGAUGAGGAAAACUGUGCUCCUAAAACCAGCUAA